UUAUUUUUCUAAUUAUGUGUUUUCUUCACUGCACGCAAGCUCUGUAUCCUAUUUUCCCUGUAAUCAAUCAAAUCUCCAAGAAAAAGGAAAUUAUACAGGACAGGAAGACCUCAACUCUGCAACUACAAACCGCAGGCCGUCCCUCCGGUUCGCCUGCAGUUACGAAGGAUGGAGAAUAUGCAGUAUGCUGAGGAGCUUGUGAGGGAGUUUCUUGUUUUUAGAGGAUUUACCAACACUUUGCAAGCGUUUGAUUCUGAGUUAUCAACGGAUAUUGGUAAAGGGUUUCAAGUGGAUAAGAUUAUAGAUUUAAUCUUCUCGGUGUAUGUUCCUAAGUUUCAGGCAGAAAAACUAGUUGGUCUGCUGAAUUUCUUCAAGCAGUGUCUCUCUCCAUCAUCUGAGAGAAUAUUUGUUGCUACUCUGUGUAAAUUGGAGGUCUCUAUUCUACGCUACUAUAUUGUUCAUGCUAUACAGUCAGGAAGGAGGGACAAGGUUGUUGAGUUUUAUGGAUUGAAUGGGGAUGACCUGUUGCAAAAGGGCCAGGACUGGACCCCAUGGUUUGCCAUUCCAUAUGUAAAGAAUCCGAGCUCGGACCCGGAAUUUCGUACUUAUUUCUCGAAGGAAUGGUAUGAGGCGCUGCAUCUCUCUGUCAGGAAUUUCUUUAGUGAGAUCUUCAAUGGUACUCGCAUCCCUGCGCUGUUGAAGAUCAGUUCAGAAAAGAGUACUGUCAGUCGCCUGAAAAAAGACAUCAAACAGCUCAAUCUUAAGUUGUCAGAACUUCAAGCUUUAUUAGAGGAAAAAGAGGCUCAAUUAUGUCUGUUAAGAAGUAAUGUUCCAUCAUUAAUUGAUGCAAGCAUUGAACAAACUAAGAGUUUGUCAAGUGUGGUGCAUGAGGAAAAGCUUCAUAUAUCCAGGGAUAUUCAAGAAAGUUGUCCUCCUACCGUCAUACAAAUGGAUGAAGCAAAUGUAGGUCGAGAAUGGGUUGUUUCUGGUCCUGUGGGAAAUCAAUAUGAGUUUGCCAUGUCAAAAUCUGGUUAUGAUGGAGAUUCACCGUCAACACCGUCAAAUAUUCAUGCAAGGGAUUGUGGAAUUGGUGAUACCAGUCAAUUGCUUCAAGAUAGUAGCUACAUUGAAAAUGGCAGGGAAAGCCACGUAGAAGAAUUACCUGAAGUUAGAGUUGACUUCCAGGAGACAUUUUUGGGGCACACAAGUCCAAUCAGUCGAUGCCGCUUUUCGGCCUCUGGGAACAAUAUAGCCAGUGCUUCUAUUGAUGGCACAGUAAGGAUAUGGACAUAUGAUUCAUCAACUCCUGCAUCUAGAAAUGCAACCAUCUAUUGUGGAGCAGAGAUUAUGUCAUUAGACUGGGAGUGUAAAUCUGACAGAUUGCUGCUCAUAGGCACUGCUGAUGGAGGCAUUAAAGCAUGGAAUGUCGAUGCAAAGAGAGUUGUCUGUGAUCUCAACACAACUGAGACAUUUCCAAGUGUAUUGGAUAUAAAGUGCAGCCCUGUGGAGCCAAUUUUUGUUUCUGCAGCAGCAUCCAGAGGGCAUGGCUCAGGUUAUAUUGAUAAUUUGGGGUUCGCUUCAUUAACUGUAUGGAACAUGAAGACAUGGAAGGCCAUGUCAGUCCUUCCUCUUGGUAAAGAUCCACCUGCAAUUACAUCCCUAAGUUUCAACCACAAUGGGAAGAUCUUAGCAGCCUCUGCAACUGAUGGAAUGAUUCACAUGUUUGACAUGUCUGCUGGUCUGCAAAUUACUGGAUGGCCUGCUCAUGAUUCUGCUAUAAGCUCUAUCCUUUUUGGCCCAGAUGAAACCAGCAUUUUCAGCUUGGGCUCAGAUGGAAAGAUUUUUGAAUGGAGUUUGCAAAACCAAGGUCAAGUGCUUUGGUCAAGGAAUUGUAGCAGGUUCUGUGACCCUGAGAGCUCAAGACAUUGCAGACAUGAAAUGGCUCUAGAUGCUAAUGGGAAGAGACUAUUGGUUACAUCUGGUUUAGUAAGAGCACCAAUAUAUCAGGUUCGAGGUCAUACAAAUGGGUUGAGAACACUCCCACACGCUGCUGCUAUAACCACUGUAGAUUGGCACCCGACCUUGCCUCUUUUCUUGACAGGAUCAGCUGAUAAUUCUGUGCGAGUAACAUCUAUUCUAUGAAUGCUUCAUUAGUUAUCUUUUUCUUACAUUCUUGUCCGGCUUGAUGUUAAAGAAUGUGAAUUCUAGGUUGGUGGCUUAAUCCUGGUUUCAUGCAUCUGAGCAGGUUUUGUUGUAUUUUUGCUUUGUUAUUUGUUUAACUUUUUGUUCUGUAAGUGAGCCGUUUUCUCCAUAAUAUAGUAAUAUCAUUUCAACAA